CAAAGGACGAAGGUUGUACACUGAUUGCAGGCGUAAUGGAGGUGCGGAGUAAAUUAUUGAACUCGGUCGAGAAGUGUGUGGACGAGGCUUUGGAGGGUCUCGUCAGGAGUACCGGGGGUCUGGCGCUGCUGCGGGGGCACAGAGUGGUGCUGCGGUCCGAUCUGGAGAGCAUUAAGGGAAAGGUAGCUCUGCUGUCCGGAGGAGGAUCUGGCCAUGAACCCGCACAUGCAGGUUACAUUGGCAUGGGGAUGCUGUCCGGAGCUGUGGCGGGAGCAGUGUUCGCCUCUCCUCCUCCGGGAAGUGUCCUGGCUGCCAUCCUGACUCUGUGGAAGGGAGGUGCUUCAGGAGUCCUGCUCAUCGUGAAGAACUACACGGGUGACCGUCUAAACUUUGGCAUAGCUGUCGAACAGGCCAGAUCGCAGGGCGUCCAGGCGGACAUGGUGAUUGUGGGCGAUGACUGCGCCUUCGCUCAGCCCAGCAAGGCCGGCAGGAGAGGCUUGUGUGGAAUUGUGUUCAUUCAUAAGCUAGCUGGCGCUCUAGCAGAGAAAGGCUGUCCUUUGGAUGAAAUUGUUGCAUGGGUGAACAAAGCAACAAAAAACAUUGGAACAUUGGGCAUUAGUCUGUCUCCUUGCAGUGUUCCCGGAUGCCUUCCAUCUUUCCAGCUUCCACCAGGAGAGAUGGAGUUAGGACUGGGGAUCCAUGGAGAACCAGGUAUUAAGAGAUCAAAAGUGGCCUCUGCCGAUGAAGUUGUGCAAACUGUAAUAAGUCACAUGACUGAUUCCUCAAACAAAUCGCAUCUGUCCCUGAAGUCAGGAGACAAGGUGGUGCUGUGUGUGAAUAAUCUUGGUGCUCUUUCAUGUUUGGAAAUAGCUGUGGUUUGCAAAGCAGCUGUACACUGCCUAGAGGAGCGUGGUGUGCUGGUUGUCAGGGUGAUGUCCGGAUCGUUCAUGACAUCACUGGAGAUGGCGGGAAUGUCUGUUUCUUUAAUGAAGGUUGAUGAAGAGAUGCUCCGACUGUUUGAUGCUAAAACCACCGCACCGGCCUGGCCUAACCUCAGCAUGACCUCUGUGAGCGGGAGGAACCUGUUCAUUGAACCUGCAGAAAAACCUGCCGCAGCUUCAGAUCAAUAUCAUGAAGGCUCGCUUUCUUCCGUCAUUCGCCGGGUUUUGGAGUCCGUGUGUAAGAUCCUCCUGCAGCGCCGAGAGGAACUCAAUGCUUUGGACCGCGCAGCAGGGGAUGGAGAUUGUGGGAGCACACAUGCUCUUUUAGCAAAUGCCAUUCAGGAGUGGCUCCAGACCAGCAGGAUCCUUGGAAACCUUGGCCAGCUUCUAGAAGAUCUGGGUCUGCUGGUCCAGGAAAGGAUGGGAGGAUCAUCAGGGGCGUUAUAUUGCUUGUUUUUGUCUGCGGCCGCCCCUCAUCUCAAACAAAACAGUGAUGGUGCUGCUUGGGCCAAGGCAUUGCAUGCUGGGACCGAGGCCAUGAAAAGAUAUGGAGGUGCUGAACCAGGUGAUCGGACCAUGCUUGAUGCCCUAUGCCCUGCUGUGGAGGAGUUGAUGAAACUUUCCACAGCACCUCCCGAUGGUCACAUGGCGAUACUACAAGCAGCAGUGGAGAAAGCAGAUGUGGGAGCCGAAUCUACACGCAGUCUCACUGCAAGGGCUGGACGUGCCAGUUACGUUGCGUCUGAGCAUUUGACCCAGCCUGACCCUGGGGCCGUGGCGGUAGCCGCCAUACUGAGGGCCAUACUCCAUUCUUUGAAGGCGGAGAGUUAACAAUAUGCAGAUUCUCAAAGUGCCUCUAUUAUGCC